GCGACUUAUUUCUGCGGGGAGGUAUUUCCCGCCACACCGCCCGCCGCUAUUUACGGUAUUCCUGCAGGUGCUGACACACUGAAGGGGAAGAAGGAGGUGUUGCCGUACCUGUGUAAUUCGUGCCUCUGUAGUUUGUGAGAGUGUGUGCGAGAUGAAGACCGUCACCUGCACCGCCCCCGUCAACAUUGCGGUGAUAAAGUAUUGGGGAAAGCGUGAUGAAAAACUUAUUUUGCCGUUGAAUGACUCAAUCAGCUUCACCCUCAGCCAAGAUGAAAUGUGUGCCAAGACAACAGUCUCCAUCUCUCCAACAUUUUCAGAGGACAAGUUUUGGCUGAAUGGAAAGGAGGAGUCACUUGAUAAUCCAAGAGUACAAAAUUGCCUGAAAGAGAUCCGUCGCCGAGCAUCAAAGAGAAAGUUUGAAGGACCUGAUAAAAAUGUGUUAAGCUGGCACUUACACAUUUGCUCAGAGAACAAUUUCCCUACUGCUGCUGGACUGGCCUCUUCAGCAGCUGGGUAUGCCUGUUUGGUGUAUGCCCUGGGCCAGGUGUAUGGAGUAGAGGGUGAUUUAUCACCUGUUGCUCGUCAAGGAUCAGGAAGUGCCUGUCGGAGCAUCUAUGGCGGCCUGGUGCGGUGGUACAAGGGAGAGGCUGAUGAUGGCUCAGACUCAGUGGCCCGGCCUAUUGCACCGCCUGAUCACUUUCCUGACUUACAAGUCAUCAUAUGUGUUGUUAACGCUGGACGCAAGAAGACGGGGAGCACAGAAGGCAUGAAGCAAACAAGAGCCACCUCUAGCUUAAUGCAGCACCGCAUCAACACGUCUCUUCCAUCACGAAUAGAAUCCAUGAUGAAGGCAAUUAAGGAAAAAGAUUGGCCAACUUUCUGUGACCUUACAGUCGCAGACAGCAAUGAGAUGCAUGCCGUGUGUCUGGACACCUUCCCCCCAUGUGUGUACAUGACUGAUACUUCACAUGCUGUGUCCAGUCUUAUGCACCAGUACAAUGAUCUGAAGACCACUCAGGGAAAUACCAAUCAUAAGGUCUGUUACACCUUUGAUGCUGGUCCAAACGCUUGCAUCUUUGCUCCCGGAGCUGUGGCAAGGGAGGUGCUUGCCCUGCUGCUUCAUGCCUUCCCUCCAACCCCACCACAGAGCAGAGAGGAGUAUGUCAAGGGCAUUUCCAGCCAGCCUGCCUGCCUGUCAAAGGAACUGAAGAGUCUUGCUGAUGAUCACUUGCAAAGCGGAAAACUUCAAUAUUUGAUCCACACAAAGGUGGGUGAUGGACCCAAGGUCUUGACAGAUCCAGCCUCCAGCUUGCUGGACCUCACCACUGGCUUACCAAACCCAAGUGGUAGUAAUGCCUAGGGAAGGAAUAACAUCAGCAAUAUUUGGAAUCAGUCCAAAAAAAUUGUGAAUGAAUGUGUCCAAACAUGUAGCACAAUCUCAUCAGUAUUUAAGAAUUUGAUUAACAAAAAGUAAAGUUUUGGGAAAUAAAUGACUGUGGUUCUAGAGAAAGCACAAGGUCUCUAAAUACUGGAAACAAUCAUGCCUUGUCAAACUAAAUGCAGUGAAUGUUAUUGCAAGAUAUCUAGUUAUUAUCAAGCCAGUAGUCUGUGGUGGGCCUUCAAGACUCCAUACAUAUAUAUAUCAGGGCCUUGUACAAUUUCACUUUCAUAGUGGCAGCUCAGUUUUAGAGUGGCCUUUGGUGCCCUGUCUCCUGUCACUGCCUGCUGCCCUUUAUAAGGAAUUAACUUGGUGGUGGUAUGUUGUCCAGGAAUUUGUACAAAGGGUAAUCAGCCGUGCCUUUUCACAUGCGUGUACUUUCCCACUGAAAAUGCCUGAAAAAAUUUACUCUCAAAAUAUACUACUGCAUACGAUUUACUUAGUAAUUAGACAAAAGGUUGACUUCUCUUCGUCAUGUUUUUUCCUGUUUCCUGAUAAUUUUCCACAGAAUUGAUACUGAUCAGAGAAGUGAGAGCUGUUUUCCUUGUCAGUCUGCAUUUCACAUUGGACAGGUGUGUUUUUAUUAUAUUAAAUUUAUAAUGACCAGCUUUGGGUCUGUGCAGAUGAGAGCAAACUUGACUUCACAAAGCUUUGAAAGAAGAGAAGUUUCAUCAUCGUCCAGCCUAACCCCCUCCACUAAUCAAGAAUGGUACCAGUCCGCUUCAAGAAGAAAAAAAUCCAUCUGUGAGAGGGGUGUAGUAGGCAUCAAAGCUGUUUACUCACCUACGACUGUACCUCUAUAUAUACUAACAUUGCUUUCUUAAGGACCAUUAUCUGGGAUAUGUAUUCAUUUAUCAAGUUCCUUUCCAUUGCAGUCUUCCUCACCAUGACAUCUUUCAGUCUUCCCUAACGUUGUCACCCCAGUCGUUACAUACCAGUCAUCAUUGUCAUCAUCUCUACUCUACUGUACUACCUAAUUGAUAUUUUGUUUAACAUGCAGCACUGCUCUUAAUACUACAGUUUUUGUAUAGUGGGUUUUUUUUUCUGCAUGCAAACUAGCAUACACAUCUCACAAAUAUUCAUCAGGUCACCUCUUCACCUCAUAAGAUAAUUACCUUAGAAUUGUUGAUGAUUAUAAUAUUCAUUCAUGUCAUUUUUGAGGUGUGCCAAUAGACUUAUUUUCAUAUAUUAGAAAUGCUGUGAAUUCAUAUUUUAUUUGGAUUUGUGCAAUUUUUCAUUGCUUUGUAUGUGUGUGUAUGUAUCUGAGUAUGUGUGUAUGUGUGUUUAUGUAAUGUGAUUAUGGUUGGUUUAAAUGCUAAAACUAGGGGGAAAGAAGUUGCUGGAAAAACUGCAGUCAGGAAUCAUAGCAUUGAUUCACAAAGUGAAAGAUGACAAGCCUUAAUAGACUUAACAGAAAAUCAUUUCUUGAAAAUUCUGAAUACAUUCUUUGUCAAAAAGGUUCAAUGAAAAGGAACAUGGAAAUCUUUUUUUAGGGUAACAAAUGAGAUUGUCCUUAUCCUCACAAACCAAUGAAACAUAAUGAAAAAUAUAAGUCUUCAACACAGUAAAUAUUUGGAGCAACCACAGAAUGGAUACAUGGGUAAUCAAGAUCAAUCUGAGAAGAGAGAGAAAUAAAAUGGUAAGAAAGCCACUUAACAAAUGUGCUUAAUAGACAAGAAAACCCAAUUUCGCAGUCUGCAUCCAAAGCAGAUAUGCAUCUGUUAACACCAAAGAAAAUCUUGACAUUGAAGAAAUCAACAAAAGCAUCACUAAAGUUCUGAAAGAGCCUGCACUAAAAGUUGGAGAUAAAACAAAAAAAACAAUCAUCAUAAUCAUUUUACUAAAAGUACACUAAGCCAGAGACAAAUUAGAAGCAGAACUUACAAAAAUUAUAAAUAAGAAAAAGCAGGACAUGAGAAAGUUCAUGAGAAUAAAAAUCAAUGAAGCCCAAGUUCUGGUGUACAAACAGUUAAGAAUAAAUUUGGUAUAGAGGUUUUGCAGCUUACGUCAUUAGUGGGGGUGUGGGGGUAGCGCAGGCCUGCACGGCCAUCUUGGUGGUCAGUGGUGGUGGUCACUGAUCAAAGCAAACCUUGGUGGCGGCUCCACAAGUGCUCUGUGUGUUCAUCAUGGGAUACGUAUGCUGUGCGGUUGGAUGUUCUAACCGACACAGGAGAGAUGCUGUGUCAUUUUAUAGAUUUCCAGCGAAUCCAGAAGAGCGGGGGAAGUGGAUAGCAGCUGUGAGGAGGGAAAACUGGCGGCCGUCUGCUUCAUCUCGACUCUGCAGUGCUCAUUUUGUCAGAUGUAAAUAUUACAGGCAAGACUGGUCAGAUUAUUACAUGAGGUAACACUCAUUUAGGUAUUGCCCCAGGUCCCCUAGCUUAUUGUGUGGCGGGGGAUUACUCUGGAACGGGAUUUACAUGAGCUGCCGGAGGUAAACACGCAUGGCGGCGCUCAAGCAGGAGAAGAAAAUAGGAAAGGAAAUUCAGUGGAGGCAAAGUGCACAGAGCUCAGUGCUGGGUGGAGUAUAUAAGUGUACGCAGGGAAGUGACCAAGAGUGCGUAGUGUAAGGUGACUUGCCGUCACCUGCCCUCACCUGUCGUCACUUGCCCUCACCUGUUUGCCUGCCUGUGCUGCCUACCUGGGCAUCACUGGUCAGCAACAGGAGAUCGGCCAGGCAGAGGGACAGCCAGUCAACUGACCAGCCAGAUAGUCAGCCAACCAACCAAUCAGCCAGUCAACCAGCCAGCCAGCCAACCAAUCAUCCAGUCAACCAGUCAGCCAUCCAGUCGGUCAGUUAGACAGAAAGUCAGUUUACCUAUCAUCCAGCCAAUCAACCCACCAGUCAACCAGACAGCCUGAUUUUUUUCGAUGUACUAUUUUAGCUUCGCAGCAUUCUCAAGCGAUCUCGCGUAAUCACUUAACACAGAUGAUGCUGAAGGUCCUGCCAUUUGCCUGCGGGUAGUGACUUGGGGAUGGGGCACACGUGGUCCGUCUGCUCACUCUGCUGGGGAGGUGACCACCAACGGGUUUGUAGAUGGCGCACAAGGUGCAGACGCUGCUAUUUCGUGACGUCACUACAAAACCUCUAUAGGGAAGAACCAAAUGUUUGCCAUGAGAAAACAAAACAGUGAAUUCACAUACAACAGCAAUGAAAUACUAAAGGUGGUUGAGGAGUUUCACAAUGAACUAUAUCACUCAGACAUUCAGACCCAGAAUGAAGCAAGAAAAGAUAUUGUAGAAAUCAUGUCAGCAACAAAGAAUUAAAUUAACAAAACAAAUAUCAAUGUGAAAAGAGGGAAAGCACCUAGGAAAGACAGUACUACUAUUGUAGAUAUUAUUAAUGAUGUCAGAGAAAUUGACAUGGAAAACAAAUGAAACCCUUCACUAUAGGUUUCAAGAAAGGAAAAAUUAUGAAACUCUGGAAAAAUACAGCCAUAAUCUUUAAGAUAAAAUGAGGAUACCUAACAUCUCAAGAACUAUAAUCCUUUCAACCUAUUGUUAGUAUUCUACAAAUGCACAAACAGAAUUUCACACACAUUAGGUUCUAUACUGCCCAGAGAGGCAGUGGCUGAGUGGUCAGCAUGCAGGUGUGGUGUCCUGGAGGACCUGGAUUCAAGUCCCGCCUGCCACUACAAGCUGACAGUUUUUAGUCAUCACUGAGUGGCCUUAGACUACCCACAUAAUGUUCUGAUGACCAUUUAUUAACCUGAGUUCAGCAAAACUCUGAAGACAAUCAAGGGAAGCUCUAUGGGGUAGCAUGAGCUUAGGAAGAAUGGCACCACUAUGAAACAUUUGCCUGUGCCACAAAUGGGCUGGGCCAACCAACAGGCCCCAUUAAGAAAACCUACUAGCACUAUAUGCCCAAUGUAAAUAAAAAAGCUGGUUUAGAAGUCUCAACCAUGAGUCAUUUCCAGACAGUAAACCAGGUAAACAAAAAAAUUGAUUGACUACAAGAAGACCUUUAACUCAUUAGAAUCUGUUGGGGUGUUGAAUGUGAUUCGACAACAGAACGUAGGAAACGUCAAUCUUCGAAUUUUUGAAAACUUAUGCAGAUUGGGAUUAGUAUCAUACAUUUAUUGGAAAAGUCUCCCUAAAAAAGGGGAGUCCAAAGUCAAGAAAAAGUCCAUAAGGCUAAAUAGAUUUGUCAUAAACUGGCCCAGAUGUUGCUAAUUAUGCCGGCCUCAUACAUGAACAGUGUUUAGGAAAAAUGAAGUGCUGGGUUUCCGGUUGAAUUUCAUGUAUUUAUGUGUCAGGAUUUGAUAGCGGUUCAUCUUGUAAUGAUGAUAGAUAUGAAAUUUCAAAUAUAUAUUAUUUACAAAUAUAGACUCUGAACACAAUUGUGCUUCCAUAGAUGAUAGUAAUAAAGAUAAUAACAAUAAUGGUGCUUGAUAUGUAUAUAGUUCCACAUCAUCAAUAGUACCAUUAUAGUAAAUCCACAAGAAACUGGCGGAUGGGGUGCAGGUCUGCAUUGGUCUCUCCUUCCGUACCACACUGCCACAUCUCUGUCUCCAGUUGCUGAGCCUUCCAUGACCUUGAGAGAAGUGACCUGGCUCAGGUUGAGCAGUGACAACGUUGUCAAGUGUUGUGGUAUUUAUACAAAAUCUUUGUUAUUAUCCUAAAAACGAAACAAUCUGAACACUAUAUGACCUUAUUGGAGUAUCCAAUUAGUAUUUAAUUAAAUUCAUUUAAAGGUAGUAAAUAGCUGACAUAUGAGAGGAAGCGUGAGGUGUUGAGAGUGUGUGGCAAGGUGCGGGGCGGUCCUAACUCUGCAGCCGCCACUACCCCAUCCGCCAGUUUCUUGUGGAUUUACUAUAGGUUAAUCAUCUAGAUGAGGCUGCUACUUCUUUAUUCAUGCAUUUUUUUGUGCAAGAUCAAAAUUAAUUGAUAAGGCUGAAAUAUAUGUGAGUGGAGGGAUGGGGGAUGCAGGUGUUGCAAAAGGGAGUCCAGGAACUUGGGAAAACAGGUUGUCUGAGCUCUUCAUCAGCAGAUAGAUAAGAAAAGCGAUUUCUUAUUGAAGCCAGAUUUAAAAAUAUUAUAGUAAAAAUCCAACAUUUUUUCAUAGUUGUUACUCUUUUAAUUUAGAAAUAAUGAGAUGAAUGUAAAAGUCAUUGUUUCUGCUUAAUUAUGAGACCCAUGCUUAUUUGUAGAAAUAUGAGACCCAUGCUUAUUUGUAGAAAUAUGAGACCCAUGCUUAUUUGUAGAGGUAUGAGACCCAUGCUUAUUUGUAGAGGUAUGAAACCCAUGCUUAUUUGUAGAGGUAUGAGACCCAUGCUUAUUUGUAGAAGUAUGAGACCCAUGCUUAUUUAUAGAGGUAUGAGACCCAUGCUUAUUUGUAGAAGUAUGAGACCCAUGCUUAUUUAUAGAGGUAUGAGACCCAUGCUUAUUUCUUCAUAAAAUCGUGGAACUGCAAAGUACAAUGCCUUUUCUACUGCCAAGUUUUAUAAGUCUUCCACAUGUGAUAAGUAGCCAUAUCAGUAUCAUUGUUCAUUCACAUGUGCCCUAUAGACCUAUAUCAUUAUGGUAAAGUAAUAAACUAGAGGGGAUACACCUUAAUAUAGCAUGGCUUCGGUGCUCAUCUCUGUCUCAUUGCCCCAUUAACUUGUGGUGGGUAAGAACUUAUCACCUUGGGACAGAGCCUGUAUGAUAUCCAGGUUACCACAGUUUACCCUCCCCGCACCACAGGCUCAAAGGGCCAACGGAUCUGAGAUGAGCACUGUAGCCACACGCAGCUGUAGUGUAUGCACCCACCAUUAUCUCUACCUUUAGCCUUACAACCAUUUUACAAGAGCAGAUGAAAGGCAUUGACAUGGUGCUGGCCUAUACCAAAAUUCAUUUAAGAAAGUUACCGCACCCAUUAUCAACAUCAUCGAUUAUGUGUGCCAGUACUUCCAGGAGGGAUCGUAUAGUACUAUUGUUUCUUCCUAUUAUAACAAGCUGGUGAUCACAACUACCCAUCCUCUUGUGAAGGUUGAAAGUUAACCAGAGCUCCAUUCAUGUAAUAAAAAGCGUGUAAUCAAGUUGGUAAAAAGGAUAUUAUUGGGGUCUUACCUUCCAUAGCAUAAUGCAAUGUGAAUAUAGUUUAUAUGAUGAUGAAAUGUUGUGUCACUGUUAUGGUAUUUGAAUUUUAUUAUGAUUAUAGAGUAGCUGAGUUAUCCAUGGGUCUGGUCAUAAAUAAAUUGCAUAUUUCAA